CACAUGCCGGUUUAGCAGUUUCUCUUGCCAAAAGGCACGGGUAGCUUUUAUGACACCGUUGAAUUACUACCAUAUUGCAAUGAUAAAUGGCCGGAGUACGUACACGUUAAUCUGAAGAAGCUGAAGGUUUUAGGUGUGGUUUAAAGCGGUCAGAAGUGUUCAUACUGUGGGUGUGAUUUUGAAAACAGAGGUUAGGGUUCAUGCCUUCGGAGGGUUUUACGUUGACCCCACUGGACUACAGGAGCACCAUGAAGCUCACCACGACAGAGUCCGAAAUUGGUAUAUAUCGGAAGAAUGGCUGCUGCGGAGGGCGAUCUUCUCUGGAGAAGGUGCUGUUGUUUGUUGUCAUCCUCACCCUCGCUGCCGCCAUUGCAGCCUGCAUCGCCAUCGCGGUCGUCGCUCAGAAGGCCGAAGAGGCGGAAGAAUCUACGGUGGCCGCCACGCAUGCUCCGACCACACCGGCAGUUGUUGAGGAUGACAGUAUCUGUGUGACGCCUGGAUGUGUGGCCGCAGCUGCACGUGUCAAUGAAUACAUCGAUACUUCGGUACAUCCCUGUGAUAACUUUUUUAAAUACUCCUGUGGCAACUGGAUCAAAAAACACCCCAUUCCCGAGGACCGUUCGAGUAUUGAUACCUUUGGGGUUCUUCGGGACGAGGUGGAGGUCAUUCUCAAAGACCUACUGGAACGACCGGCUGAUGAGAAGGACAUUAACGCAACUCUCAAGGCAAAGCGAUUGUAUGACUCGUGCAUCAAUGUGUCUCUCAUAGAAGAACGCCAUCACGCACCACUAGACUUCCUGUACAGUACGACAGGACCCUGGCCGCUGCUCAACUCCUCAACCUGGGAUAACUCUUCCUUCGACUUAAUCCAGUUGCUGAUAAACGCGACCAGACACGCUUAUCGCCCUUUGAUAGAGAUUUAUGCGUCGACCGAUGCUAAGAACUCCUCCGCCAGGAUCAUUUACCUGGACCAGCCAUCACUGAUCAUGCCAGGCAGGGAUUAUUACAACGAGAGCGUAUAUGACACGGCCCUUCCUGCCCUGAGAACCUACAUCCUGGGGCUAGCAGAGGCAUUAGGGGCCCAGGGGGUGGACAAGGCCGUCGAGGAGUUGGUCAUCUUCGAACAACAAGUUGCUCAAGCGACGGUGCCAAGUGAAGACAGACGAGACUCCACGAAGCUGUACAACAGGAUGACCGUGGCAGACCUGGCCACAAAUGUCAGUGCUAAGUUCGACUGGCCACGCUAUAUAAAAGGCGUAUUGGAGAUUGGAGGUAUUGCUGUAGGACAUGACGAACCAGUGGUUGUCAGAUCUCCUUCUUACUUGACAAGGCUUAUGGAUAUACUUGAACAGGCACCCAAUGAAACAAUAGCCAAUUACAUCAUAACGUACAUCCUAGUGGAUCUGGCCAAAGCACUUCCUGCAAACAUUCGCGACCUGGAAACUGAUUACCAAAAGGCCGUGUUCGGAACUCAAGCCGCUCGUGCCAGAUGGAGAACUUGUGUGGCGAUAACCCGAGACGUCCUGGGGGACGCCGUGGGAAGAAUGUUCGUGGAUGAAGUGUUUGACGAGUCAGCCAAAGACAUUGCUUUGGAAAUGAUAUCCAGCAUCAGGAAAGCGUUCAACGGUCUCUUAGAGGACAUUGAUUGGAUGGACAAUCCAACCCGCAAAGUCGCAGAGGAAAAGGCUGAAGCCAUUGGCGAGAACAUCGGCUACUCUGAUGAUGACGUCAAGAACAACACAGUUCUGGAAGCAACAUAUACAAAUGUGGAUUACCUGUCCACAGAGUUAUUCGAGAACACCUUGAAGGCGGGAGAAUGGGCCUCGGUCGAAUCAUUUAAACGGCUGAGAGUUCCGGUGAGGAAGGACGAGUGGGGAAUAUCGCCAGCUGUAGUAAACGCGUAUUACAGUUCCACCAAAAACCACAUUACAUUUCCGGCAGCUAUUCUUCAACCGCCAUUUUUCUCCAAGAACUAUCCCAAGUCCAUGAACUAUGGUGGCAUUGGACUUGUUAUAGGACACGAAAUCACCCAUGGCUUCGACGACCAAGGAAGACAGUAUGAUAAAAAUGGCGAUCUUAAGGAAUGGUGGAGUGAUGACGUCAUUAGGAAGUUUAAAGAGAAGGCACAGUGUAUCGUUGAUCAAUACAGCGAUUAUCUGGUACCAGAGGCUAACAUGAAGCUGAACGGGGUAAACACACAAGGGGAGAACAUUGCGGAUAAUGGCGGCCUAAGACAAUCCUUUACGGCGUACCGAGACUGGGUUCGUAACCAAGGCAAAGAGGAGCCCAAGUUGCCGGGAGUGGACUUGAACCACAGCCAGUUAUUUUUCGUCAACUUUGCUCAGAUUUGGUGCAGCACGAUGAGAAGAGAAAACGCUAUCAACCGGAUAUUAACAGGCGUUCAUAGUCCAGGCAGAUUCCGAGUGAUUGGUUCCCUACACAACUCCAUCGAAUUCUCAGAAGUUUUCAACUGCCCUCAAUCCUCCUACAUGAACGCGGAUAAAAAAUGCCGGGUUUGGUGAAAUCUAUUUCAGCCGCAUGUUAUGCUUCGACCUGUAUUAUAUCAUCUUGUGUUGAUCAAUUCCAUCACGCUUCCCUUAGAGCUCCAUACCUUUCGUGGUCAUCAGCUGUGAUGCAUGCGCAGAAGUGACCAUUUCCGUCAUAUGGUUAUUUCGGUGCGUUCGAAAAUGAUAAACGAAGCUUACAAACUAUGUCUAUUUUGAGCGCGAGGUAAGUUUGAACUACAAUUAAAUAAAUAAAAGUUCGUAAAUGGGUUGAUUAACGUUCAACGUUCAUCGGGGAACCCCACACAUUCCGGUCGUUCAUGUACAUCGACCUAUAUGAAAGAGAAUACAGCCUUUAUUGCCUCUGAAUUUCAUAUGAUUUUAAUACUUCAUUUUAUUGAGAAAUCUAAUUCUAACAUCAUUUAUUGUUACUGUAAAGAGCCAUAGAUAUGCUUGUAUUAUAGCAUUUGAUAUCGAAUUUUAAAACAAUAUUGUACUUGGCAGCGUGAGUGUGAAAGCAGUGUAUUAUUUUGAGGAAUAUCGCAAACUGUGUAUAUCAUCAGAUUAGUUUAUGUAUACCAGACCUGGCAAACAUUAUGAUUUGAUUUAACAUAUAUUUUUAUAUGUUUAGAUAAAAAAGCAGCUCUUUGGUUGAAUCUGUUAAAAUGGGCUUGGCAUUUCGUUAAGAUAAUGGCUUAUGGAUUAUUCCGUUGAUCUAUUUUAGCCAUGUUGGAGUGUACUUGUUGUAUACGCACGUGCCUUCUACUGUACUUCUGCAUUUUAUAGGAGAUAUGGAAGAAUUUCAUGAUGUUAAGUCAGUUAAAUCAGUCAUCGUGAGCUUAGGCACAAACCUUGUAAAAAUACUUCAGGCGUUUUUCUUUGUAUAGGAAGUAAAUAAGAUUGUAUAUUCAGACGACUUUAGGAGUAGACGGAAUUUUUUAAUGCCAAUAGCUUCUUAAUAUUAUAUAUGGACCUGUAAAGAAUAAUAAAAGCUGUGUGGAAAUUAUAUUUUCAUGAACAGUUACUCUAAAGUUUUAAAUAUUGUUCAACGGGUAUCUUGAUUACAUCAAAUCGCUUAUAAUUCAGCGCAUUAUAUAUAAAAUGUAUACUUAUUAUGGAGUGAUUUUGUGUUUAUUCCUCAUCCUUUAUGUAAAUGUGACAUAAUCAUUUUAGAAGUGAACAGACAGAGAAGGGGUAGGAAAAUAGCCAUUUCAUCUUGGUUAACAAUGGGCAGAGUAUACAAAAAGUUGAUUAUUUUUAAAAUCAGUCAAUAUCAAAACCAAUCAAUAUCGUGUGUGGCCACCCCUUGCUUCCAGGCAAGGAGAGUUCAAAAACUCUCCGACGCAUAGAAAAAGUCAGACGUAUGAUGAGAUGACGUGGGAUUCGUUGCCAUUCAUCUUGGCGAGCGAACGCCAAUUGUUUUCGGUUGGCUGCAAGGUGUGGCCGUUGUCUUAUUCGACGACCCAUGAUAUCCCAAAAGUGUUCUAUGGGGGACAUAUCUGGGGAUCGUGCAGGCCACGGCGAGACCUUGACGUUGUUGGCGUCCAGGAAGUUCUGCACAACUCGAGCUGUAUGGGGUCUGGCGUUGUCAUGCUGGUACAGAAUACCACGUGGCUGCUGUUGAAGGAAUGGCAGGACAACAGGACGUAGAAUUUUCACGAAACGUUGAGCUGUUAGGUUCCCGUAGAUGAUGACCAGUGAUGUCCGUUUUUCGCCACAAACCCCACCCCACACCAUCACGCGCCGCCACCAAACGGUACCACUUCCUGGAAGCAUGAUGCAACCGUUCGUUCGCCUCUUCGACGGUAAACUCGCUGUCUGCCAUCGGCUGGGAAAAGGCAGAAGCUGCUUUCAUCCGUGACACAAUACGUUGCCCAUCGCAACCUCUAGCAACGACGUUCGGCUGUCAACAACUGCCCUCUAAAUGGUCGACAGGCAGUAAUUCCGUGGGUCUCCUGAACACGGUCUGCCGACUUAACCGGUGACCUAAGGCAUUGAUUAAAGAUGACAUCACUGUCAGGAAGCGGUUCCUCAGGUGUAAGGUGCGUAGGUGCCCGUCUUCUCUGAACGUAGUUACCCUAGGCCUGCCUGUUCUUGGCCUGUCCGAUGUCUGCCCUGUCUGUCUGUAACGUUUCAUCAAGUUUGACACAGUUACAUGAGAGCAGCCGAAGGUCCUUGCAAUGUGGGCAUGGGUGGCUCCCAUGGAUACCAUACCCAGGGCCCUUUCGCGUUGUUCUGGAGUCAAUCGAGGCAUGACUUUGGUGGUUUUUAGUCAGUGUGCAAGUGCAGCACACUGUGUGUAACGUUUUUAUACACUUAUUACAUGUGUAGUUGGGGCCAUCCAUGGGUCAUGUGAUUUUUCAACUAUCCUUGAUGUCUCAAAACAAAUUCGUGGGACGUAUGUGAAGUUUAAAUUUAACUCACGGGGUCGUAAAGUUUCUUUUGGCCGUCAGUUUAAUCAGCUAACACUUUGACAGAUGAGGCUUUUAUCUCCGACAAGGCAUGUCCGUAAUCUUUCGCAAUAUGCUGAUGAUCGAUUUGUUGUGUUUUUUAAAGGGUACAAUUUCUGGUCACUGAAAAAGUGCUCAGAUGUUCAGUGGACCUGGGAAAAAAAGCCAUAAAGACCACUAAUUCCAGCUCUUGGACACAAGCUGGGAAAUAGCACAAUAGAAUAAAUAAUAAUAAAUAAAUGAUUAUGGCUUAUCACCACUUUGGCAAUGUUGCGAUUGUGUGGUGGCGAUAGUACAAAUAAAUGUCAUUUGCUAUAUAAUUCUGUGUUAUUACCUAUGCCACUAUAAAUCUGUAUUUCUCCCAUGAUGGCCUGUGUAAGAUGUAGUUUUCUGACUUGUUUAUGCCAUUAUGUACAGGGUGGUAUGUAUAUAUGAAUAUUGCUAUCAGCUCCAUAGUGAUGCCCUUCUGAUUCAUGCCACAAUUUCACUAGGAAUCUCUAUCGUUAUCGCACAUAGCCAAUAAAUCUUAAGUCUUCAAACGUUUGGCUUUUUCUGAAACGAAAACAGAAUAACAUACACAAUUCUUUGGACUCUUUAGAUGCCUUAGAUCUCAGUAUUGGUAGGGCUAUAAACUGGAAACAGUUCAUGAAAACGCUUUUUAUUAGACUUACAGUGACGGACUAUAAUAAAACGUAUUUUGUCGUCAUAGUGUAUUUUAUUACCCUAGCCUAUUUUGUCGUUAACCCGUUUUGUCGCCCUUAUCUACUUUGUCUAUUUUGAAAGGGGAUCCUUAGAGAAGAAUUCU